AAAACAGCACCAUGGAUGACUUCACUUAUCUCUCCCUGUCUUCCUCUCUGCUUUGUUGGUCAGAAUCCCACCCAGGUUGGCACAGCCCUGCAGGUCUUCUAUAACCUGGGCAGUCUAAGAGGGACCAUCAGCUCCGUAGUGGUUGGUUACAGGACCACCAUACAGGACAACAUCACUAGUGCUCUAGAUAUCAAGGGCCUGACACAGCCAACCAACCCCAGAGGUGCACCAGGCAGAGCAGUGCUGCCGACACCCGGCAACACCGCAGCUUUCCGUGCUGCUCUCUGGACCAACCUGGAGAAACUGAUGGACCAGAUAUGUGCAGCAUGUAGACAGGUGCAACAUCUACAGAAGGUCCUAAUGAAGAAGAGAGACCCUGUCACUCAUGUGUGCUUCAUUGAUGAGAUCAUCAAGGACGGUCAGCCUGAUAUCCUCUACACCUUCUGGAAUGAUGUAACCAACACACUUAGUGAGGAGUUCCACAGAGCAACUGACGCCUCAUCCUUCCUGAAGCAGGCGUUUGAAGGAGAGUAUCCUAAGUUGUUGCGACUGUACAAUGAGCUGUGGCGGCGCCUGCAGCAGUACAGUGCCAGCCUGCAGGGGGCACUAACAAGCAGCGGAGGGAUGGAUGCUUCUCUGGACAUCAGCGCCACAGAGACAGACAGUCAGGACCUCUUCACACACGGAAAACAGGACUAUAACCCAGAGAAGGCUCUGAAGGACUCUCUGCAGCCGUACGAGGCAGCCUACCUUUCCAAGUCCCUCUCUCGCCUGUUUGAUCCGAUCAACCUUGUGUUCCCUUUGGGCGGCCGCAACCCACCCUCCAAUGACGAGCUGGACAGCAUCGUCAAGACCAUCAGCAGUGAGCUGAACGUAGCAUCAGUAGAUCCAAACCUCUCUCUGUCUGUGGCCAAGAAUGCUGCCAAGACCGUCCAACUCUUUUGUGUCAAGUCUGAACAGCUGUUGUGUACUCAGGGUGAUGCUAGUCAGGUGAUUGGUCCGUUAACAGAGGGCCAGAGGAGGAAUGUUGCUGUGGUCAACUCCCUCUACCGUCUGCAGCAGGCAGUCGCCAAGAUUAUUUCAGGAUUGGGCUCGUGUCCACCAGCUGCUGCAGAGGCCCUCUCUUCUUCUAUGGAGGGAGUGCAGGCCCUGAUGAGCAGUGCAGUGCAGCCUCUCCUGCAGUCCGUGAGUGACUCCAUAGAGGCCAUCAUCAUAACACUACACCAAGAAGACUUUUCAGGGCCUCUGUCCAGCCCUGAUAAGCCAGAUGUUCCGUGCUCCCUCUACAUGAAGGAGCUGCAGGGCUUCAUCUCCAGAGUGAUGGCAGACUACUUCAGACACUUCCAGUGUGUGGACUUCAUCUACGAGAACACAGAGUCCAUUGCUCAGAGGGCCAUCGAGCUGUUCAUUCGCCACGCCAGCCUGCUGCGCCCGCUGGGAGAGGGCGGCAAGAUGAGGCUGGCUGCUGACUUUGCACAGAUGGAGAUGGCGGUGGCUCCUCUGUGCAGGAGAGUGUCUGAUUUGGGGAAACCUUACAGAAUGUUGCGCUCCUUCAGGCCGCUGCUGUUUCAGAACAGCGAGCUGAUAGCCAGCAGUCCAGCUGUGGGAGACCUGAUCCCCUACAGCACCCUGCUGCACUUCCUCCUAACCAGAGCGCCGUCUGAGCUGAAGUCCCCUCACCAGAGAGCAGAGUGGUCCAUUUCCCGGUACUCCCAGUGGCUGGACGAUCAUCCCUCUGAGAGAGACCGGCUCACUCUCCUCAGGGGUGCUCUGGAGGCCUAUGUGCAGUCAGUCAGGGCUCGGCAGGGGAAGGAGUUUGCUCCCAUCUAUCCCAUCAUGGUCCAGCUGUUACAGCGAGCUACAAGCGGCUCACAGGACAUCAGAGCCUGAGGAGGACGGACCUGUCUGCUUACAGCAUGUUAGAGGCCACAGGUUAUAAAGGCCUCCGUUAUUAUUAGUGACUGUAGCAGCUGUAUUCCAUCUAAAAAGUUAAACUGAUCUUUCUUAUUCUUCCAACUGUGACUGAAUCAAGGGACUGCUGUGGAGGGAUACCUGUCAACAUUGAUAAUAAAGGUUUUUACUUCUAACACCAA